AAAAAAAAUUGGUCGUCUUUAAGGAAGCCGUAUCUCCUGUUGGCGGACGAUUCGCAAUGUUAAAGUCCUUCCAUCAUGUCAUUAGAACCUGCAAUCGUCGAUAAAGAACCCGCUCUUCACAGCGCCACUGACUUAGAAAAGCAUGGAGAUGAGACAGAAAGUCGAGGGUUGGUUGCGGAGGAUCGCCUCGCAAGGCGACUAUCCGCACGCCAAGUUCAAAUGAUAGCUAUCGGCGGGACAAUUGGUACCGGUCUGUUUUUAGGCACCGGCAAGUCAUUAGCGGUAGGAGGCCCAGCUUCCAUGCUCAUAGCCUAUUUCGUGGUUGGAGCAAUCGUGUUCGUGACGAUGUUGUCGCUGGGCGAGAUGGCUGCCUAUAUUCCUGUCGCCGGCUCUUUCUGCACAUUCGCCGGACGCUUUGUGGAUGAUGCAUUUGCAUUCGCAUUGACAUGGAACUAUUGGUUUAACGAUGCCGUGACCGUAGCUUCGGACUUGACGGCCCUCCAGCUAGUUCUUGACUACUGGAAUGUUAAUUUCCCCGGAUAUGUUGUUAGCUUGAUAUUCUGGCUGGCUUUAAUCGUGGUUAAUUUAUUCGCCGUGAGGAUAUACGGGGAGCUUGAAUACUGGCUCAGUCUUCUCAAAGUUGUCACGAUCAUCAUAUUUAUCAUCCUGGGUGUCGCUGUGAAUGCCGGCGGAAACGUAUAUCACCAGUACAUCGGGGGAAAGUAUUGGAACCAUGGCGAUGCGCCAUUUGUUGGCGGCAUUGGAGGCUUUGCUUCAGUCUUCGUCACCGCAUCCUUCGCAUAUGGAGGGACUGAGAGCAUUGCUAUAACGGCGGGAGAGACAAAGCAUCCCGCGCGAAACAUGCCUCGAGUGGUCAAGAACGUGUUCUGGCGAAUCUUGCUGUUUUACAUCCUAUCGGUCCUCCUGAUCGGUCUGAACAUCGCGUACGACACCCCAGGCUUAAAAGACAAGAGCUCUCGCACUUCACCUUUUACAAUGGUGUUUCAGCUGGCCGGCAGCAAAGUUGCGGGGAGCUUUGUCAACGCUGUUGUCAUGACCUCAGUCUUGUCAGCAGCCAAUCACGCGCUGUUUGCAGGAGCUCGCCUGAUGUAUACUCUCGCACUUGAAGGGCAUUCGCCGCGUUUUCUGGGAAAUUUGAAUGGUCAACAAGUACCAUGGGUCGCCGUCCUCGCCACGUCGGCUGUUGGUGGACUUUGCUUCGGGGCGAGUUUCAUCGGCGCAGGCCAGCUUUGGACUUGGCUACAGAACAUCGUUGGCGUGUCGAACCAGCUGUCGUGGAUUGCCAUUGGUAUAGCGUCAUUUCGAUUCAGGUCCGCCAUCCGUAAGCAGGGAAAAGAAGAUCUGCUUCCCUUCAAGAACUGGACAUAUCCGUAUGGGCCAAUCGCUUCGGUUAUACUAAACUCGGUGCUGGUGUUAGUCCAGGGUUGGUCCGCGUUCAGUCCAAAGUUCGAUGUUGUUUCCUUUAUAAGCUAUUAUAUCGAACUUCCAAUCAUGCUUCUGAUGUACGUAGGCUGGAAAAUCGUCAAGAAAACCAAGGUUGUAAGCCUUGAGGAAAUGGACCUGGACAAGGACGUGUAUAAGGCUGAGGCAGAUGACAACUUGCCCCAAAAUGGUUGGAAGUCCAAAGCAAGGAAUAUAUUCUCGUGGUUGUUAUGAAGAGCUCCGCGACACGGAAGCGAUGUACAAUCGAAAAUUCCCGAGCACUGAGAGCAAAAGGUGCUGAGCAUGAUUAACGCCUUCAAAUAUGCAUUUUUACGCUAAUUGCAUCAAUUCCGGUACAAAAUUUAGCAUAAGUAACAUUAAUGUUAACUUUUAAGCAAGUGCCAUUA